CAGGGGAAUGAAUGUGCUUCUAGUGACUGUCAAUGCUCUGCCUGCCUCCAUGUUUUUAGUGGAGACAGUGCAUAUGGUAUAUUACCACUCUCUAUUACACUAGUAGAAAACAAGCACAUUUCAGUGCAUUUUGAAGUUUAGUCUGACAGCUGUCUUAUUGCAGUUACUCUCAGGUUGCUCAGCCAGAUCAGAUCUGCAGCAGUCCAGAUGACAGACAAAGAGUGUUUGCUCAAGCAGCUGGGUCUGAGUCAGCACAUUUUACACACAGCAAAUCUGCAAUAGCAGCUCUAGCAGUCGGUGGUCUAAGAUCAGACUAAACGUCGGUCUGGGCAGGAGCGACUGUGCUGAUGUCAUGGUGAUUGACAGCUCUUGUUAAGGGCAGGAUUUUGGAGCAAAACAGCAGUUCAAUCUUAUCAAGGUCAAUCGGGAGGCAUUUGGCAGCGAUCCAGUCGGUGAUUUCAGCUAGAAAAUUGGAGGUAUGCAACCCAACCUGUGUGUCAGAGAGGGGGAAGCAAAGGUCAGUAUAAGUGUUAUAGCAAUGAUGGGAAAACUUAUGGGAUGUGGUGACAGCGCAAGUGGUUUAGGUGUAGAGAAAGAUGAGGGUUUGGAAAAAGUGGACUCGUCAUGAUACCUGUAACACAAUGUUUUCUUAAAGCACUGAGUGUUGGCUGGAUGAUUUCAGGCUGAUUUCAGAGGCAGGGACUCUUUCAACAACAACUCUUGCUUUCGAUCAGUUCUUUUUUUUAAAGGCCUUGCAGUCAGACAGACCUGUCUCCAAAACAAUAACUUCUAAUUUCAACGAAAAAACUUACACUUUAGGGAAGAGCAAUGAAAUAAAUUGUUGUAUGUCUGGCUGCACAAUCUCUGCUUCGGUCUCUUCCUAUAUUUAUGCCACUAUGUUUACUUAGUAGCAAUAAAUUAGAGGUGUUCCUGUUAUGGCUUGUGAGUUAUGGUACUGUAGUUCGAUGAAUUAUGACAGCUAUUUGGGUAAUAAAACUUCUGUUAUGUUCGUUGGUGUUUGCUCAUUGCUGUCACAGGUGUGUAAAGUUGUUCUUUUCUUUGGCAUAUACUGUAAGUUGAACAUGAGUACCACCAAACCUUGAUUUGACUCAAUAUGCUGCACCGACACCUGAUUGUUUAAAUCAUAACUCAAUCAUAUACCUGAUGGUGUACUGGAAUUGAACCAUAGACGAGGUGCACUGUCUGCUCAGCACAUAUUUUGACAACUGUUGGCAUUUGUUUCAGUUCCAAUUCGGUGACAAGAUCAUAUUUCUAACUCAAAGUACAAGUUUUCAGUCACACCUGUCUGUGUAUUUAUCUUUUUUUUUUUUUUUUUUCUUGCAGACAGCUUGUUCUUCAGUAAUGGAUCUUCUUUUGAAUUUUGAGAUUAUAAUGUUACUUUUUUAGAAUAUCACCCACACAGAAAGUUGUUUAUGAGAAGUAUAACUAACAUAACAAGACAUUUUUACAGAGUAUUAUAUUUCUACUCAAAGCUUGUGCCAAAGAUCAGUGCCGUAAGUCAUAAUUUAGCUGAUAUAUGAAAAAAGACAUAAAAAGUGGCAUAAAAAGACGACUUGACCUUGUUAUUUUGGUUAUUCUUGAAAAGAUUUCUACAGAGCUCAUUGGAUGUGGCAUGUUCAAAAAUGUAAGAAGAGCAAAUGUUAAAGGAGCAAUAUUCUGUAUUUUUAAGUGUCUGAUCAGAUGAGGUUUGGUUUCUUGACAUGAGGAGUAACUGACUUGAAGGAGGACGGCAUGCUGUCACAAAGCAGUCGAUGUUAGUUGUGAGAAAGACACUUGAUCAGCAUCCCUGUGAAGGAUAGACAGUGAAAUCAGGGUGGAAGGGGCUGCUGGCAGAGUUUCAGGGCCUUGCCUGGGAAAGUGAGUGAGGUAGUUUGGAGUUGGGAGCUUCAGAUGUCAUUGACCAUUUUCUUUUCCGAGUAAAUGACAAAAUCCUCUAAUAGGAGGUGUGAGGUUAGAGGCAAAGACUUGUUGUAAGGUUGCUUUGGUGGAAAACUUUCAUGUUAACAUAUUUUAGCUGAGAUUGAUACCAUUCUUUAAAGCGUUUCUUUGAACUUGAUUCAACAACCUUAUGACUGUCAUGGUGAUGCAAUCAUCGACUCAGUGGAAAGGAGUUCAGCAUCAAGUGUGAUGGAAAAUCAAAGGAAAAGUAAUGGGCUUCUGAGAGAGUUGAUCUGAAACCAGUGGUGGCAUGUAAUCGACAACCAAACUGAAAAUAAAAACACAGGGGGAAGAGUUGCUCUUGUUAACAGUGGGUCCACACCUCUACACAACACGUCCUGCAUCAGCUUCCCAGAGUUUAUGGACCGCAUGUCGACAAGAGCCGGAGAAGAUACAACUAGCAGACUUUGAAGGAAUCGUGUCGGGAAGAAGAGUGCAAAUGGUGCUGCAGCACCUCCUUCCCUGGCAGCCCCACUUCAAAAAGGUGGAGGUCAGAGGAUUUCAGCUCACCACAACAAUUUGAGGAUUAAUAGCAGACCUGGAAAAGAGAGACAAUGCCUAUGUUCACCAUUAUGGUACCUGUAGGUGUAGCUAAACUGCGGGCUCGGCCCCUCCUGCUGUUUCUUUGCUUGACACUACGUGCUGGCAUGCUUCAGUUUGUUGCAGCCACGAUACAAGGUUACAUUGGAGAGAGGGACAUGAUAUGCCCAUCUGUGUGCAGAUGUGAUGAGGAUUUUAUCUACUGUAAUGACCGUGGCCUGAGCUCCAUCCCAUCACUGCCUCCUUCUGCGUCUGUCCUCUAUCUUCAGAACAACCACAUAAAUAACCCGGGCUUGCCGACUUCCUUGGAGCGCCAGCUUACUGUCCGCGUGGUCUACCUCUAUGAUAAUGAACUGGAUGAAUUCCCAAUGCACCUGCCACCAUCAGUCCGUGAACUGCAUUUGCAGGACAACAACAUCCGCACCAUUCCUCGUAGUGCACUGGCUCGGAUGCCCUUGCUAGAGAAGCUCCAUUUGGAUGACAACUCUAUUUCCACUGUCAGCAUUGAGGACCAGGCCUUUGCUGACAAUCCACGGUUGCGUCUACUUUUCCUUUCACGCAACCACCUGUCUAGUAUCCCCUCAGGACUGCCUGCCUCUCUGGAAGAACUCCGUCUGGAUGACAACCGAAUCUCCACUAUCCCAACCCACGCCUUCCGAGGCCUCACCUCUCUUAGAUGUCUAGUCCUGGAUGGGAAUCUUUUGGCAAACCAGCGCAUUGCUGAUGACACAUUCUCACGCCUUUCCAACUUGACCGAGUUGUCCUUAGUCCGUAACUCCCUCCAGACCCCACCUGUCAACCUGCCCAGUGCCCAUCUACAGCGCCUGUCUCUACAGGACAAUGCCCUGACUCACAUGCCACGUGGUUCCUUAGAUGGCAUGCGCAGGCUGCAGAGGCUAGACCUGUCAGGGAAUAACCUGACCACCCUGCCGAGGGGACUGUUUAAAGACCUGGACAGCCUGGGUCAGCUGCUGGUGCGAGGUAAUCCUUGGCACUGUGGCUGUAACCUGCGCUGGCUAUAUGACUGGCUGCAUGCCCGCGGUAACUCUAUCACUGUCAGAGGUCUCACCUGCCAUGGGCCUGACAGAGUGCGAGAUAUGGCUUUGACAGACCUGGCCAGUGAGAUGGAGGAGUGUGAGGUGGUGAGGACAGCAGGUACCAGAGACAGAGUGGGUGGAGGUGGAGUCGAUAGCUCUACCACCAACACCCCUCCACAGGGCUCUCUCUUCACCCUCCGCUCAAAGCGACCUGGCCUGGGGCUUCCUGACUCUGGCUUAGACUACACUCUCAGCAGCAGUGGUGUGGGAAAGAGCCUGGCCCUCAAUGUGAAGCCUCUCUCUCACAACAGUGUCCGUGUAACCUGGAGCGUGGCCCAGCCCAGCUCCUCCUUCAGGCUGAGCUGGCUCCGACUGGGUACUGGUAACGCCAUGGGGUCUAUCACAGAGACACUGGUUCGGGGCGACCGUCGGGAAUACCUGCUCACCUCCUUGCAACCGCGUUCCAGCUACAUUAUCUGCAUGGUGCCCCUGCCGGCCAGUUCAGAAAGCAAAGGGGCAAUUUCUGGAGACGCUGACUCUGAUGAAGCUCUGGUGUGUGCAAAAGCUGAAACAUCAGAUGUCAGCCUGUUGGAAGAGGAGGAGGAUGAAGAUUCACAGCAGAUGACAGUUCUGCCUCUGGCAGGGAUUAUUGGUGGAGCUACUGCCAUUGUAUGUUUGGCUCUUAUUUUUGGCGUCUUCUGUUGGUAUGGACAUAGGAGUGGCCAUUUGUGUUCCCGUGACCAUUAUACUCGCAACAGCUCCCGAAAAAGCAAGAACUAUGAUGAUUACAUUGAGUCAGGCACUAAGAAGGACAAUACCAUCUUGGAGAUCCGUGGUCCGGGAUUCCAGAUGACGCCUAUGGCAGCUUGCCAGCCAAUGCAGCCUAAACCCCUACAAGAGGAUUACAUCAUUCAUACCAUAUUCCCUUCCAAUGGCACUGGCCUGUACAAAGGUGCCAACCAUGUUUCUAAUGCAGGACAUGGCACCAACCGGGGCUAUAGAGAAGGAGGAAUCCCAGAUAUAGACUACUGUUAUACAUGAUGUACUGUACCAGAUCCUGUUCACAGUGUUAUUGGUAAACUGUAUAGAUGCACAAUUUCCCUUCGCAUGGACACUUCUGAAGCACCCCUCUGUGCCUUCUUCUUCUGGUCUCCCAUUCCAAAUUACCUGCUGUUCACUGCACUGAAAGUACUGUAUGUGAUUAACUGGAACUGAAACCGUGUGGGAACAGUUCACUGCAGGAAGCAGCAGCCAAUGCCCCAGGUGUAAAUGCACAGCUGACUGUUUCGUCACCAUCUUAGUAAUGGCCUGUGUAUGUUUUCCUUUCUGCUCUCUCCCUGUGACAUGUAAGCAAAGAAUGUAUACACUGUGGAAAGGUCAAACUCAGCGUAAGUGCAGGUAGAGUUCCUCCUCCAACACACAGGAGCCAAAACUGAAAAUGGAUUAAGAAAUGAUGUUAAACAGACAUUUUUCGUACUCAUUUCCUGCUCACUGGUCACAUACAGUAUAAAGUCUUAUCAACUCAUUGUUCCAAAUGCCUCAACUAUAUUGAUGUGCCCUACCAGCUAUUCAAGGAAAGGGCUUUGUAAAGCUGUGAAUUGUUCUAUUUCAAACAACCCGUUAACCACUUGUCUUAAAGUAAGCUUGUUAUUACCUUAUUCAGUAGAUGGCAGGUUGAAGAUCUUAUCAUGGCUGGUCAGCCUUGGUUAUACCUCUCAAGAUCAUUCACCUGAGUUCAGCAUUGUAGUGUUGCAUCAGAUGAGAUGCAGCACAAGCGUGUAGAUAAUUUACUUAGAUACCGACUGGGCUGUGUUUGAAAAAUGCUUUGCAAUUUUUAUCAGUGUUUUUUUAACCAUAAAAUCCUGCAUAACUCUCUUUAUUUAUUUAUUUUGUUCCUUAUGUGAUGUUUUUUUGUCUCUGCUAAAAUUACUUUUAAAAUUUUUCACCCUCAUGUUCUUCAAUAGUGAUGAAAUCCAGCUUUGAUGAAGACAGUGGAUUGUUCCAUCCUAAACAAAAACAAAAUACGAAAAGUGAAGAAAAUGUUCUGAUGGUUUUCUGCAGAUUCAUGUUAUCCUAAAUGCAGCAGAGUGAAUUCUAAAGUAAAACUAUUUAAAAUGUGUAAUUUGAAAAUUAGACCCCACCCAAAGACUAGCAUGUCCAGUGAGACAGUAGAGACCAACCCCAAUCACCCCUUUCCCAUUUUGUGCCUGUGUGCUUAACCUGUAUCUGCAGUUGGUGACUUUUAGUUAUGAAAUGUUUCCUCCACAUUCUUGAAGUGACGAAUGAAAAUCCAGACUGGACAAAAUGCUAAUAAUGGGGAGCCUCCUGUAUGAGGCAGACUCUUGUGAGUGAACCUCAAAAUGAAGGAAUGAACUGUGAGUGAAACUGAGGAGACUCAAACCGCAUCACUGUUGACCUGCACUGUGGGGCAGCGGCCAAGCUGUG